UCGUCGCAAACAACGAGGCCAUAAAUAGAUAAGAGAUGGAGAGAGAGAAGCGGCUUUUCCACACAUGAACAUCCACAGAGAGAGAGAGAGAGAGAGAGAGAGAGAGAGAGGGAGAGAGAUUGAAAUCAUCGAGAGGCAUUUGACGAGGAAGAAGACGAAGAAGACGAAGAAAUUUGGUGGGGGAAGGUUUUGAAUGAAUUCGCUUGUGUGAUGCAUCAGAAGAAAUCAGAAGUCCAGAUCGGAAAAGAAAGCACCGGCGUCUCUUCCGAUUUCAACCCCAUCCCUUCCUCCGUCCACCCCAAGCCUCCAUCCCACUCCUCCCACUCCCACUCCCACGCCCCGUCCCACCACCAGUUCCCCUUCAUCGCCGUCGCCGCCGCCGCCGCCUUCGACCACCUCCACCACGCCUCCCCGGGCCUCCAGAAUGAUCCGAUCCCGCCCUCCACGCCUUACAAGAGGCCGCUCCUGACUCAGUCCCCUCCUUCCCUCCCCAAGUCCCCCACGGCGUACCGCCUGUCUCCCCCGACCCCGACGACGCCGGCCCCCGCCCAGCAUUUCGCCCCUCGGAGAACCCUAAUUCCCAUCACGGUCGCUGCCAAGUCCACCGCUUCCCGCCUCCUCCGCCGGUUCAAGCACCUCCGCGGCCUCCGCAUACACCUCCGCCUGAUCCUCCUUCUGUCCCUCCCCUUCUUUUACUUCCUCGUGUCCCACCCCAGUAACUCCUUCCUGCUCGAUUUCAUCUCGGCCUUCGCCUUCUCCGCUGCGCUUCUGUUCUCGCUCAAUUUGGCUCUCCCUCGGCUCCCUUCGAUACGGCUGUUCUUGGCCCGCUCGUUCCCGAUUAAGUUGAAAGCGUCCCAAUCCCUAUCUAGUCCUUUGCCCGUGUUCUGGUCGAUUGGGUCUCGGACAAAAGCUGAGAAAAGAGUGAAUUCGGGAUGCUGGGUUCAGGUUUAUAGUAACGGGGACGUGUAUGAGGGUGAAUUCCACAAGGGCAAGUGUUCGGGGAGUGGUGUGUAUUAUUACUGCAUGAGUGGGAGGUAUGAGGGGGAUUGGGUUGAUGGGAAAUAUGAUGGCCACGGAGUUGAGACUUGGGCAAGAGGUAGCCGAUAUAGAGGACAAUAUAGACAGGGACUUAGGCAUGGUUUUGGGGUGUAUAGAUUUUAUACUGGCGAUGUAUAUGCUGGGGAGUGGUCUAGUGGGCAAAGCCAUGGGUGCGGAGUACAUACAUGUGAGGAUGGAAGUCGCUAUGUUGGAGAAUUCAAGUGGGGUGUUAAGCAUGGCCUCGGUCACUACCAUUUCAGAAAUGGUGACAGGUAUGCUGGAGAAUACUUUGCAGACAAGAUGCAUGGUUUCGGCAUCUAUUCUUUUGCCAAUGGUCAUCGUUAUGAGGGUGCUUGGCAUGAGGGUAGACGGCAAGGGCUUGGCAUGUACACUUUUAGAAAUGGGGAAACUCAAUCUGGACAUUGGCAGAAUGGGAUUCUUGAUAUACCGAGUACACAAAGCACCACGUACCCUGAUUCUCUAGUCGCAGUCAAUCACUCUAAAGUGCUCAACGCCGUGCAGGAAGCACGAAGAGCAGCCGAGAGAGCUUAUGACGUGGCCAAGGUUGAUGAAAGGGUUAAUAGGGCUGUCGCAGCGGCUAAUAGGGCAGCGAAUGCAGCUCGAGUUGCAGCGGUGAAGGCUGUCCAGAAACAGAUAUACCCCGGUAGUAGCAAUGACAACAUUCCACUGCCGAUUGUGUGAAAAUUCAGCACGCAGCUAUUUAUAGUUGCAGAGGUUGUUUUUCAUUCUCCAGGGCAUGCAAGGUGAUACUUGUUCCUCUGGUUCUGUAGAGUGUACUAGAGAAAAGCUGGGUGGUAGUUUUUUGGCAAAUUAUUGGAGAAACAAAAUGGUUGUCCUUUCAUUUUCAAAUUUGUAUAGUUGGAGAGAGAGAGAGAGAGAGAGAGAGAGAGAGAGAGAUUGUGAAGCUGAAAGAGCUGGUAUUUACGGCGAAACCUUAGUCCAGCUGCCGGUUGUACAUGCAAGCAACACUGAGAAGAUUCACAUCUACUCGUUUAAGCUUCCCAUAUUUUGUAAAUCAGGCAAUUAGAUCAUGCUGGUGCUUCACCACCUA